AUGAUUCAGCUCAAGACAGUAUUGAAUUGCAUCGACAACUCGGGGGCCGCUCUCGUUGAGUGCGCCCUCGUCAUCGGGCAGAAGCGACACGCCAGGAUCGGUGACCGCAUCGUCGUCGUCGUCAAGGAGCACCGUGCUGCUUCUGCCUCUGGCAUGGCCGGUAUCUCCAACGCCCAAAAGGUCAAGCGCGGAGAUAUCCGCCACGCCGUCGUCGUCCGCACCAGGUACCCCAUGCAGCGCGCCGACGGAUCUCAGGUCAAGUUCGACGACAAUGCUUGUGUCUUGCUCAAUAAGUCGGGGGAUCCUAUCGGCUCGCGCAUCAACGGCGUCGUCGGCAACGAGCUCAGGCGCAAGAAGUGGAGCAAGAUUCUGUCUAUGGCUCCCAUGAACGCAUAA